UCAUUUGAGUGUUCAGUUCGAGACAGGUUUGCAAUUUAACAGCACUGACUGAAACGGUACACAGUGAAUAGCGCGUCACAAAACACCAAAUAGUCAAAUAGUUAGUUAAUAUAUAUAUAUGUAUGUAUAUAUAUUUGAAUAAUAAAUAAUAUAUAUUAUAUUCGAAACAAAAAUAUUGGCCAAGAAAACGCGUGUGAGUGUGUGUGUGUGAAAUAAUUUUGUUAGCAACGGCGGCGGCCAAGGCAGCAAAGUGAAAUAUACGAAUAGCUCUGAGGCAGACAAGCAGAAAGCAGGCGCCUAUACUAGAUACGCCUCGAGAGCUGAAAAUAUUUAUUAAAAAUAAAUAUAUAAAGAAAUAGCAAUAUAAAAAACAAAAAAAAAAUAAAUGAAAUUUUUUGAAGUAAAAAAAAUGUAAUUUUAAAAUAUAAAUAAUACAUAAAUACCCUCAUAUAAAUAGUGCAGCCAAAAUGCCGUAAAUAAAUCUCCAUGCCUACUGAAGUAUGCCUUCGAGUUAGUCAGUGAAGCAACCGACAAAAGAAAAGCAAAUCGAAAGAAAGUGAAAAAUGAAUUGUGCAGAAAGCUAUGUGUGAGCAGUGAAGCAGUGCACAUUGAAUAUCGUGAGGAAGUGCUAAAGAAUAUCCUUCAAAACAACGACGAAAAGUGUAAAAUAGUUAUUACCCGAAAAAGGUGGAGACCAACAAACACGUCAAGAAAACAUUUUAUGACAAGAAGGAAAGCAAUAAAAUAGGAAAUAAAUACGGUAUACGACACGCACACAUAUGCAUGUAAAUAUGUAUUAAUAUAACGGCAUAUAAGCCAUGUUUCAUUUUGUACCGUGUCCCGUGUGAGUGGUCAGUGUAUAUAUGUACAUAUGUAUAUAUGUAAGCAGCGUACAAACGACCAGCUGUCAAAGCGCAUUUUUCAACACAACUCAACGCAACGCAACUGAACUCAUUGAAAUUGUUUAUUUUUUUAUGUUAAACGCGGCUGUUGUUGUCAAGUGUCCUUUAAACGUAAGGACAUAACAACAGCAACGACGUCAGUGCGACAGCGCGUGCUCGUUCGUUCAUUCGUGACUGCUGUAUGUGUUCGUGUGUGCGGCUUAUCGUCUGUAGUCACGCGUGCGUGUAGCGUAUACAUUGCUGCAGGCAAAUUAAGUCAACUAGCAAUACAACUGCAUAAAUAGUGUAACACCAACAACAAUAGCAACAAUAUUUAAUAUUUUUUUAUAAUAAUAUGCAGCAGUAGGCAAAGGAGCCUGAAGUGGAGGUAAACAGUGUUGCCGCUGCAGGACAUUAAGCCCUUUGCUGGCGCAGCUCUAGUGUCCAACUAGCCUCGCUCGCACGGCACGAUACAGUGUGGCCUUAACAGCAGCUUCAGCAGCGGUGACUCAAACGCAAGCUUUGCGUGUGUGUAUGUGUGUCGGUGUUGGCUUCGAAAUUAGCUUGCAACGCUGGCAUUAUACAAGCGCGUGUCAACUGCCAAUACAACGUAACUGCUAACUGUAAAUUCAAGGCGGCAGCUGUUGAAAUUCGUGGAGGCAGGCAACAGUGCCGUACAACAACAAUUGCUGUUAAAUCGUACUUAAAAGGCGCACAAAAAACCGUAAUACACAUGUCUGCUGCGGCGUAUCCUUAAAGCCAAUUUAAAUUGCGUGACCUGACCGGGCUGUGCGGCCACUUCGAUGCCAUAACAUGGGCUAUUCCUCUGAGGCUGCCAAAACGAGGACACAACGCAGCAACAACGCCAACAAACAGCAAAGCAAUAAAACUAGCCCAAUUCGUGAUACCGAAAACAAUAACAGCAAAAACAACUGUUGUGACAACAACUCGUAUAAAAGUAACGACAGAAGACAUUCGCGUUUAUUGAGUUCAGAGGUGAUCUGUCAAAGCAACGCCGUUAGCGACGAGCAGGCGACAAGCACAAAAGGGACUAAGUGCCGACGACAGAUAAACAACACAACGCGAGAUAUAGCAAUCAAAAAGACACAAAAGCGACACACGUCGGUAGGGGAAGACGAGGCAGAAGGAAGCGGCGUCGAAGCGGAAGAUACUGAAAAGCAAAUACAAAUUGAGCGCAACCACUGCGAGGGCGUUGAGGCGGAAGCGGUUGCGGUCGGGCCUGAAGAAACGCAGCGUACAGACGGCGCGUGUUGUAAAUCGAGUGCGACUUUUGUAGAUAAUUGCACAGCAGCGAUAGACGCCAACAAUAAGAACAAAGAAAACAACAAGAACAACAACAGAGCUACAGACGGCACUUGUGCAAACUUUCACCGCGCGAAGGACGGAAAUAAUAAUUGUUGCUACCGACAGCUAUCGCGCGAACAACUGCCACAGACGCGUGUCGCACUGCCGCCACAAGCGGAAGCCGCCGCGCAACAGCAGCCAACACAAACGCAAGCGCCACACGAAAAUAAGUUGAGGCACAAUGCAAGCGCUAAUUUGUCGCCGCCAACGGAAACGGCCGCGCGGACGACUGCGUCUGCCAGCGUACGCUCUGGCGCCAAGGCUCUAGCAGCACGCGGCGGCGACAAGCAAUGUCUGCAAGAAUUGCUGCAGCAUGCAUGUAGCGCGCUAACCGAGCGCCUUGGCUGUCUGCGUGAGAAUUUGGGGUUUUACAUGACAAACGACGAGUUGGAAGGACGCGCCGCGGUAGGGAGUAAAGCGCUAGGCGCCGGCAUGUGGACACAAGCGGAGCGGCAGGUAUGCCGCAAGCAGUGUAACCAAGCACAGAAGCCGCGAAAGCUUUUACAGAGUAAGUGUCAACCACUGCAAAUGGCAUAUAAGCGCGGACGCAAUGAGUCACAACUUGUCGAACAGCAACAACAAAAACCAAAGCAACGAACUGUUGAGCGACACCAAGCGAAGCAGCAGCAACAACAGCCGCAGCGGCCAGAACUGAAAGCCCCCUUAGCAGCGCAGCGGAAUGCGCUGACAUACUGCCACCACCAAAAACAAAAACAACAGCUGCAACAACACGAUCACAAACAGCAGCAAGCGCAGUUGCAGCAACAACGCGCGGCCAAUAGUAAAAACCAAAAUAAUCAACCACAGCAACAACAACACCAUUCCCCACAACAAAGACAGCAACAACCGGAAUUGUUGCCGGCACAAAAGAAGUCACAACAACCACAACAACAACAAGAGCAACAGCAGCAACAACAGAAGCAGCGGCAUCGCUUGCGUCGCGGCAUACAGACGGUGGCCGCUGCCGCUUACGGCGCCUUCAGCUACAUCGGUCACAACUACUAUCAUCUGCUGGGCAACUCGAUUAGUUUCUAUGCCGCCUCCAGCGUUAUACUGGUUCUCUGCUAUUUGACGACAACAACAGCGGCGGCGCACUCGCCCGACAAGGCGCCAUUCGAUAAGCAUCCCAUUCAAAGCAUCGAUUGGUCAAAUUCUCAUCGUUUCCAUGGAUGUGGGCGACGUAAUUGCGCGCUUAAAUUCGACGAGUCCAGCUCGGAUAAGGAAAUUUUGGACUUGUUGCUGGAGAAGAAACGUUACGAUAAACGUCUACUGCCGCCAGUUAACGAUGAGGAUUUUUGCUGUGGUUUAUCUUCACCGGAUAUGGCCAAAGUUAGCAACUCGAGGAGGCCACACAAUCGCGGUACUUUGACGGUGAAUGUGAAUGUGUUGCUGCUCAGCUUGGCCUCGCCCGAUGAGAGCAGUUUGAAAUACGAAGUCGAGUUUCUGCUAAAUCAACAGUGGAACGAUCCGCGUCUACAAUAUGGCAACAAAUCGCAUUAUGACUUUUUGAAUGCAUUGCAUCAUCACGACAGCAUCUGGACUCCGGACACCUACUUCAUUAUGCACGGCGACUUUAAGGACCCCAUUAUACCAAUGCAUUUCGCUUUAAGAAUCUACCGUAACGGGACCAUUACGUACGCAAUGAGACGCCACUUAAUCUUAUCCUGCCAAGGUAGCCUACACAUAUUCCCGUUCGAUGAUCCGAAGUGCUCCUUCUCCAUGGAAAGCAUUUCCUAUGAGGAGGCGCAAAUCAAGUAUGUUUGGAAAAAUGACGAGGACACGCUGCGUAAGAGUCCUUCACUAACCACAUUAAAUGCGUAUUUAAUAAAAAAUCAAACAACACCCUGCGACCAAAAUAGUUGGCGAGGUAAUUACAGUUGCCUAGAAGUCGAGUUGACUUUUACCAGGGAUCGUGCUUAUUAUUUCACCACUGUUUUUAUACCCGGCAUUAUAUUGGUGACAUCAUCAUUUAUCACAUUUUGGCUGGAAUGGAAUGCUGUGCCAGCCAGAGUUAUGAUCGGUGUAACAACAAUGUUGAAUUUCUUUACAACAUCCAACGGUUUCCGCAGCACACUGCCCGUCGUCUCCAAUCUCACCGCUAUGAAUGUUUGGGAUGGCGUUUGCAUGUGCUUCAUCUACGCCUCGCUACUGGAGUUUGUAUGCGUGAAUUAUAUGGGCCGCAAGCGGCCACAACAUAAUGCUGUCUAUCGACCUGGCGAGAAUCCUGUCACACAGCGUCUUCCAGCGGUUCUAAGCAGGAUUGGAGUAAUUCUUGCAAGUCCUUUGGGUAUAAUCGAACGAGAAUUUCAUGCUGCUUUGUCGUCUGAAAAGGCCACAAUGGGCGCGUCCAGCAGCACAACAACCGGUACCAGCAUACCCGUAACGCCCACACCGCUGCAUCCCUACCACACGGACCUAUCAACUGCGACCACACAAACACCGUUACCGCCAUCGCCACCACCCGUGCCGACACCCUCAUACGGCAUGAGUACGGUUGAUGCGCCGCGCAUACGUUGGGAGGAACAACAUGGCGGCAUAAUCGGUGUGGCAAUGCAAAAUUUACGUGCGCGCUCCAUACGUCGACGUACGCGCUCACCGGGUUCGAUCACAUCGGCGUCCAGCUCGUACGUGGAUACAGAGGCUGGGCGCAUCAAAACACCCACCACCAUGUCCACUGUCAUCGAGCCAGUCUACACGGAACCCAUGUUUGUGCCCGCUGAAAGCGCGCAUACGCCGCAACUUGAGACUACAGUAACGGUUGAAGUGGAGCCCACACUGCCAGCGCCGGCGCCUACACAGCAGCGUCGUUCCAUUUCUACAAACACACCGCCGCUGAUACUCAGCGGGACAGGCAAGCAGUCGGAAGAUGAAAAUGCCGCCAGCGUUAGCGAAGUAACGGCGACGAAUACGGUCGCAGCGUCAUUGGAAAUGCCGGCGGAAGCUGAAAGGUUGUCGGCACAGCUGGAGGCACAAGGUGUGGCUGAUGAGAGCGGCCACUUGCCGGUGAAGCCACCGCGUCGCAAGCAAUCGCGUUCCAGUUCGCCAGUACCGUUCUACGAGCAGGUGGCGCAGCCGGAAGCCGCCAAUGGCCAUGGCAUGGGCACUCUGAAUGCCGAAACUGGUGAGAAGCGACGCGAUGUGCGCGCCCCCAACGAGAUCGUCGCCUGUACGACUUGUGGCGGCAGCAGCAGCCCGUGCACGCACUCGGCCAACAAUGGAUGCGCAACAGAGACUUGCUUCGUCCAAGUGCGCAAAAAGGAACCGCCACAUCCUAUACGUAUAGCAAAAACAAUCGAUGUCAUCGCUCGAAUUACAUUUCCAACCGCCUACGCAAUUUUUCUAAUAUUUUUCUUCGUACACUAUAAGGGAUUUUCAUAAAAAUUAGUGCAAUGGAAAUCAUUUAGACAACUUACAGAUUAACUAAUAUACACACACUUACACAUACACACACACAUACUCACAUAUACAUACAUAAUUGUACACAUUCACCAAAUCACAUAUUUACACACACACAUAAAUUCACAGCGAAUUAGCAAAUUUAAUUAGUAAAAUUAAUUAGCGAAAACAAGUUCAUAGCAUUAUUGAAAAUACAAAAACAAAAAAGUACACACAUAAAUGAUAUGCUAUUAUAUAAGGCAAGAGAGAGUUGCGUGAAGCUAUUAAAAAAUUAUGCAAAAAAUUUAUUGAAAUGUAUAAAAUAUGUAACGAAAACUAUGAAAAUCGACGCACUGAUAAAGAAUAAUAUUAUAUAAAAUGGAUUAGAAAUAUAAUUUCAUUAAUUAUUUACAAUAAUAUAUAUUUAAUUUAUUCAUGACAAAUGAACUCAAGAGAUUAGAGAGAGGGAUAAAUUGAAAUAAGCUAAAGAAGAGGCAUAGAUUUAAAAGACUAAAAGUGUAUGUAAAUAAAGAAAUAUUUCUUAAAUUUAUUUUAAUUAUUUAUUUUACUUAUUUAAUAACUGCUUUUCUAAUACUUUUCAUAAAUUUUUUAUGAGUAGUUGCCCUGUCUGGCCAAAAAUAUUUUCCAAGAGUUAGCUCAACUAAGGAUAUUAAAAAACUGCGCAAGUCUCACUCAGAUAUGGAUUUUUAAACAGAAAGUUCGCGCAAAAAUAGCAUAUAAAGGCAAAAAGGUGGAUUUUUCAAUAAUUUUCUUAAAAAAAUAUAAAUGAAUAUAUUUACAAAUCCAAAUAUGGGACUAGCAAUAAACUUAUUUAAGAAGUCCGACAGAAAAACAGCAGUUGGAGCUCUAUUCGAGUCGAAGCGCAGGCUUAAGCUUUAUUGUUGAAGAAACCGCAUCCAUGUUGUCGUCCAGGGCACUAAGUUUGGUACCAUUUGAUUCAUCAACCAAGGACAUUUCCUUGUGAGUUCUUAUUCCUGCACCGGCACAUACUAGACACGAUUCUUCAAUAUCAAGAGAAAUAACACCAAAAUCAAAUCCUAACAGCUUUGUGCCUUUGUUCUAUUCCUCGCAUAUUUCAGGCAUUUCUGCUUUGUUAACUUGCAGCUGGUUACUGAGUUCCAUCUAUUCUGAGUUAUUUGCGCAAAAGGUAUAUAAAGCUUACUUUUCUUCGUUCCCAGCGGGCAUGGUAUUGAUUCCGCCACGCUUUUGUCGAAAGAGGCUCCGAGUUUUGUCAACUCGUCUACUUUUUCGUAGUCGAAAAUGUUUUUGUGAAUCGGAACCCAAAUUAUGGACAGGUGGAGUUGAUCUGCCAGUGACGUCCUGCUUGCAAUUGACUAUGAUGAAAUUAAUAAGUGGUGUCCACAAGCUCAGAAAUACCGCUUGGCUAUCCGUGUAUAUGGUUGCUUUCUGUAUGCUCUCGCACCUAAUACAUCCGCUUGGAAGAUGCUGGCUGAGUUUGGUGGUUAGAAAGAGAGCGCUCGAGAUCAUUGGAGCAGAUUUUCGCCUCUAUCCCGCAUUUUGAAAGCGUCGGUAUAAAUAGCGGUAGUAUCCUCCUCCCCUACUAAACCGCUUCACCAUUCACGUCAAGCGGGUAUCCUCAGCCGGAAGUGACUAUUGACAUCUAACCUUGGAAGUAUAUAGCCCGACUUACUUAUAUUUUUUUGGAUAACGCUAUAUCUAUAAUAUUUCCAGUUCCAACCUCCUAACUUCUUUAUGCUGAUGAUUUAUGCAGCAGAAAUUGCUGCUACUUUCCGAGUAUACACGUCUCUGGGCAGGUAAUAUAGAAGCGUAUUAAGCGCCUCGGUCCGCUCACACUGAGUUAAAAAUUCUUACGAUAACUUCGAAACUAUUUGACAAAUCAAGUUCAAAUUUUCGGCGACCAUUCUCAAACAAACGAUUUAUUGAAAUUCAAAAGUGAUUUUCGCUAUUAAUAAUUUCCUUAAAAGUUGAGGUACUCAGUUUUUAUUUAAUAACUAAAAUUUAUUUAUAUUUAUCUUUUUUAUUUACAUUUAACAAGUGCAGCAAAGUAGUCGAAAGCAUUUCAAUACUUAAGGGGGGAGCCCGCUUUUUUUCUCUUUAAAAAUUAUCUAAGAAUAUGUCCCCAAAGUUAUAGAUUGGAAUUCGAAAAAUUGUUGAAGCUAGAAAGGAAAUAGUGACCGAGCGUCUAGCAGAUAUAUGUGCGAUUGGCCAGAAAAUGAAAACUUUGACGCGCGAUUUCUCGGUUGUUAAUUUUUACGAUUUUUCUUAAUUGGUAUUGGAGCAAAAAUUAUUAGAUUUGACAUUAUAUUAUAUUUUAUUUAAACUAUAAAGAAGAAAAGUCAAGUUAAAACAUAUUUUUAAACAAUAUAAAGUAAAACUUUUUUGCUAAAAAACUACCUUUUUUCAAUUUAAAAAAAAAUCAGAAUUUUACACUUUUUUGUGGUAUUUAAUGUUUAAAUAUAUAACUAUAAACCCGAGAAAUUUCGCUUAAUUAAUUAUUUCUUUCCCUCCCAAAAAACUUCACAAACAAAUCGAUUUUUUAAAGCCUCUAAAGCAGGCUCUCCCCUUAAAAGCAAGCAUUGAAAACAAAACGAGCAAAUAAAGAAAGUGAUAUAAGUGAACGCAGGAAGACAAAAUAAAUUUAUUUCAACUCAAAUUAAAAAAAAAAAAAAACAAAAAAAAACGAAAGAACGCUAAGCAACUGCAAACAAACGAACAGUUAUUUAUGUAAAUUUAAGUGAACAUAAUAAUUAAUAAUAAUUACUCAAAGCCGCAUAAAAAAUUUUGUCUGACCACAAAAAAGAGAGAAAACAAAACAAAAGUUCAGUUCACAUUCUAAAUUAAGCUAAAAACCAAACCUCUAAGUAAACUGUAGUUAAAACCCCGUUAUAUUAAAAUUUAAGUACAUUGUGUAAUUAAAAAUAAAGAAACAAUACAACAAAAGUAAAACUAAAGUUUUGACUGCCUUUUUUAAAUUAAAAACAAAACAAAAUAUAUAUAAACACAAAUAAAAAAUAAAAAAUAUAAUAUAAUUUUAUUUUAUUAAUAUAAAAACCAUUGCUAAUAAAAAGAGCAAACCAUUUUGUUAAGUAGUAAAUUAAAAACAAAAACACUAAAACUAAACUUAAGCAAAACAAAAAGAGUAAUGAAAAUAUACUUCAGAUGCAUACUUUGUGCGCGCAAAACACAAAGCGUUAGAAAAAAAAACAAAAGCAAAAGCAAAAACACAAACUUAGUUAUGUAUAAUGUAUAAGUAAAUAUAUAGCUAGCUAUAUAUUUAUUUACAGCUUUACUGCUUCAAAACAAUAAACGGGAAUAGAAGUAAACUUAAGACGGAGGAAAACAGCUCUGUACAAGUGCAAACGAGGCGAGACACAAUUGAGCGCGAAAACUCAAUGAAAUUAGAAAAAAUAAAUACAAAUAUAUAUGAUAAGAAAAUGUGUGCUAAGUUUUUGAGCUGCUUUUUCAUUAAUGGAUUAAUUUGUGUUUAUUUCUGAAAUUUUCUAAUAUACUUAGCAAAAGAUUUCUUUCUUAUGCAAAGUGCCCUAAAUGUAACAGGUUAAUUGAAAAGUCCUCGACUUAACAUAGUGAAACGCAUUUUUUGGCAAAAUUCGUGAAUUUUUUUUAUUCAACAUAGUUUAUUUCAAAGAUGAUUACAGCAAACAUCCAACUUUUCGAUGCCAUUUUUUUGUACAAUGUAUCCUUUGCUUCAAAAUAGGCGUCCAUUUCGGCGACCACACCUUUAUACGACGAAAAUUCUUUCCAGCACGCAUUUUUUUGAAAUCUGAGAACAGGAAAUAGUAGCUGGGGGCCAGAUCUGGAGAAUACGUUGGACGCGGAACCAUUUCAAAGCCCAAUUUAUGGAGUUUUGUCAACUUUUCCGCGGCUUGUGACACGGUACAUUGUAUUGGUGAAACAACACUUUCUUAUUCUUCGAACGCGACUGUUUUUCGGCGAAAUGACGCUUUGUAAUAGUCGCUGUUUUUGAUCCUUCUCUUUUUUUAUCAAUUCCAUGCGCCAUGUUUCACCCAUUGUCACAUAUUGACGAAAAAGCUCGAACCGGGGACUUUUCAAUCAAUCUGUUAUGUAUCAAAGGAUGUAUUACUCACAAAGUAUAAGCUCAAAGUAUUUUUACGAAUUUUUAUAUUAUUUUUGCAACUUAGAUCACGUUUCAUAAUCUUACAAAUGAAAAAGCUCACCAUUUUUUCAAAACUAAAGAGGAGAGGUAGCAGUAGCAUAGUUUUAGCGCAUUAGACUAUAUUGUGCCUGAGGUAUAUGCUCAAAGGACGGCGUAGAGCCUGUCUUACCCUAAGUUUAGAUUGUUUCCAAAAAGGUUCUUUAACAGGACUUAUGAACUUUUUUGGGAAAAGGGAAUGAUAUCUUGGUCGUUAAUGAAUUUGUAGCACCACAAGUCGUCAAGUCGUGGAAACGAGGAAAGCAUGUAAAGAAGUGUAAACCAUAAGUUUAAUUAAUUUUGAUUUUUUUUUUUGUUCUAUUUUGUUUUGUGAUUUUUUUCCGAAAGCACACAUUUUCCGAACUCUAUAAGAAAACCUAAACGCUAUUAAUGCCGAAUAAUUAACAAAACCAAAUACAAUACAAACUCAAAGGAAGAGAAUAGAAACAAAAAAUGCAAAUACAUAUCAAAGCCUCAUAAUUUUAUAAAAUUUACUUUUGAAAUAUGUGCGUACUUCACAGAGGAGCCACUUGCUGAAGUCAAAUAAUGCGUUGAACAACGGCAAAAUGUAACUUGCAAACAGUAUUCUAAAAAUUGUAGAAAAAAAAGCAAAAAUUAAAUGAAUAAAAGCACGCUAUAAAGUUUAGAAAACCUUGUCUCACAAACUCAUCACAUUUGAAGUAGUCUGUCGUUAUGGAUAAUAACGAGUUUAAAAAAAAUUAUUAUUUAUAUUUUUAGUUUUUCAGUUUUUUGUUAAGGUACAGAUCAUUUGUACACCAAAGCACGGCCACCCGAUCUUAUCUCAGAAAUGCAGACUAUAGAUUACCUAUAUACAGACGUUCUCCUAAACUGUAACCACUCAAUUUAAGCAGCUUAAUCAGUUUACCUUAACACGUGUUAUUCAGGAAACACCAUUUUCUAAUUUGCAAGAAUGAUCUGAUCAAUAAUCGAAAAUAAAUAAUCAAAAAUUACCAACAAGUUGAGUAAAAUUCAAUUUUUUUUAAUUUUUUUUAUUUUUACAAUAUUUGAUUUCUUUUUUUAUAUUCUUUUAUAUUAAGGUUGGUUGAAAUAAUUGAUACUUGUGAUUUUUGCUUUUUUUAUUCCCAAAAAUCGUCAGUUUUGGAGGUAAGGACUGCUUAUUAAAAUAUUUUAUAGCUUCACAGUGAAAUAAGAGCCAGGUUAGCUCACUUUAGGUUCUAAAAUGUACUUGUAUUAAUAUAUCUGAUGGAAUUUCAUGAAGAAUUUUAAUAAUUUUGUUGUGAUCGUAGGCCUUUGAAUACAAUUUUCGAUUCCUUUUACCGUUAUAUAUUAUGUUAUACCUGAGUUUACAUACAAAAUCCUGCAAAAUCGUGCCCAUAAGUUAAAACACAAAUACUGUAAGACAUUAUCGAGCCGUAAUUUUAAGCUGGUGAUAAAUAUUGACGAAUGUUUCAAAUAUAAAUGUACGUAUGAGAUUUUCAAAGAAAUAUAGCAAAACAAAUAUAUUAAAAAUAAAUAAAAAAAAAAAGAUAUUUUGAGCUUUUCGAUCUACUAUGAUAUGGAUAAGUCAGCGCAGAUGAUAUACAAAUGAACACCAAUAUAAUUUAACAAUUUCGAAGUGUGUGCAUAUGUACAUAUAUUUACAUUUAUAAACAAAAGUAAGUGUAUGUACAUAUAUAUGUUUAUACAUAUGUGUAUGCAUAAGCACAGAACCUUUGGCCACCGUACAAUACAAACAAAUUUAUGCAUAUUUUGCUUUCGAUCAUAUUUUUUCGAAUGAACUUACGCCUAUAUAUACUAUUUACUUAGCUACUCGCGUGGCACCUAUUAUGCAAAUAUUAGCUAUACACUAUACAUAUACAUAUAUAUUUCUGUAUGCAACUUUAACGCUACUUUACUUGUUAUAUAAGCGUUUGCAAUUUUUUUUUAAUAAUUAAGUUUACAAAAUAUAAAUCUCUUACAUGUAUUUAUGUAUAACUGUAUUUAUAAAAGCGAUUUACUUUAAUACCAAAACUUUGCUGAAAAGACAAUCUAUAAUAAAAAAUAUAUUUACAUAUAAUGCAAAUUAUUCAGCCAACCCAAACUUGUAAAAACAUUAUUUUUAAUUUCAAAUUUCAUUUACGCCUUUGGGCCCGUCCAAAAUAGAUAAUAAACAAUAAAAAAUUAUAAAAAAUAAUUAUUUAAAAACUCACCUACACAAACAAACACGCCGUGCAGCCUAAUAUAUAUGUACAUUAUAACGCUCCACCUGUAUCAAAAAUUAAGCACACAUAUGCACAUGCAUAUAUAAAACACUUUCACUAAUCACAAACACCUUCUUAGUAAACACUUCACCCUAUAACCACAUCCACAAGUUGCCAACCCGUAGUAUUAAAAGCUUUAAGGAUUAUUUAGUUUUAGUACGAAAAGUGAAGCCUUGUUAAUGGAUUUGAAAAUAUUUAAUAUAAAUACAAAUAAAAACAUAUGAAUGUUAUGAAUAAUUUUAGGCAGUUAGGCAGCACAGAUACUAAUUAAAAAAGAUUAAUGCAUAGCGUUGCCUUUUCAAGAAAAGAAAUUAUAUAAAUAUUUGCUUACAACAUAUUAUUUAAAAAUCGAUAACGCGUAUUUAUUUAGCAGCGCACUGCGCCGUUUAUACCAAAACGCCCGAAAUGAAACUUUAUUACUCAAAAGUUAACCCGCAAGAUACCGACAAUAGUUAGCAACAACAAACACGUCAUAAAAUAAUUAAUUAAUUUAAAUAAAAUGCAGUGAAACCAUUUGCUCAUGCGCGUUUUAAAUUGCAUUGUUUUGACAAGUGCAUACUUAUAUUGCAAGACACCGCUGUAAACAUAUGUUUUAGCGCGCACCUUACACACCUUUUCUAUUAAAGGUUAUACAAAUAUUUUUAUUUUGUAUUUUAUUAUUAACAAAAUUGCUCCACAUUCAACUAAAACGCAUAAAUUUCAAAGGAAAACUUCGUUUAAACACGAAAAAUACUUUAACAGCAGCAAAUUAUAUUGCAAAUUUCGUCCUGACCGGCCCCUUAGUGGUUAUGACAGAAUUAGCUAAUUAAUUUAAAUAAUAAUAUUAUAUGUAUAUGUAGGUAUGUACGAUCAGUCACACAGUUGUGUUAUAGCAUAUGCUAACUGAUAGUUGCUAAUUUUCAUCUUAUUUAGCAGCCUUGCGCAUAUUAUUCACCAACAUCAAAUUCCCGGCACUACCACUUAGAUUUGGCACUUACACCACAAACACAUUUAUUUCAAUAAAUUACUGCUUAUAUUAUAGAAAACAAAACAUACAUUAUUAUUAAACCGAUUUUUACUAAUUUGCAAAUUAUUACUACGAUUUACGCGCACUAUUCACUAUUAUCAAGUGCCGGCCGGCCACAGGUGGUCACGUCCCGAACACAUAUUUUACAACAUUUCACUAUAUCGUAGAAGACCAUUUGCACACAUUCACUACUUUAUUAUUUAACCGAUUUUUGUUAAUUUUAUCUAUUUAUAUUUGUUAAUAAACGAAAUUGCGGCACUUGUGAACUUUUUCAACCGACGCGCUUAAAUGUAAAAGCGAAAUGUCAACAGUGCAAUGUUUGCAAAACUGAUGCUAUAGCAGCUGUUUGUAUUUACAUUAGCGCUGAAACUGUAUUUGCGUGCUUUCAAACUGUUACAUUCAAAUGGAUUCAAAUCCAACAGAAAAAAUCAACACAGGAAACAAUUAUUAAUCAAACUUUGUAUGGUGAUUGUAAAACCAAUGCUAUUCAAAAUGUUGAUGUUUACAACAGCGCUGCAACAGCAAAUUCGCGCUUUCAAGCUGUUGCAUUUAAACAUGCAAAGGGAAUUCAACACAGGAAACAAUUAUUUAUCAAACUUCUUAUGGUUUUGAAAUAAAUCUCGCUUUUUCAUUUAAUUUAAUACACUAAAGCACAUCACUUACGCAAAAACACAUUAGUAGGAGUUGAAGAAGAGAAACAGAUAUAUAAAAGAGUGCUUCAGGCAAUUUCAAUUUACAUA